CAUUUUCUGCUGGGCCCUUACCGAAGAGACUAGUCUCUUAAAGUUGAAUGUAGUUUCUAACUAAAACAAAUAUACAGUUUGUUAGUAUAAGCAGGUGUUAAAAUAGUAAAAAACUGAAUUGAAAAUUAACUAAACGCAAGGUGUGCUGUAAAGCGCUUUAAUCGCCAAGAUGAGUUACAUGCCAGCCCAGAAUCGUACAAUGUCGCAUAAUAAUCAAUAUAAUCCGCCGGACUUGCCACCCAUGGUGUCGGCCAAGGAGCAGACCCUGAUGUGGCAACAGAACUCGUAUCUGGGCGACUCGGGUAUCCAUUCGGGGGCCGUCACCCAGGUGCCGUCGCUGUCCGGAAAAGAGGAUGAGGAGAUGGAGGGCGAUCCGCUUAUGUUCGACCUGGACACGGGAUUCCCGCAGAACUUCACACAGGACCAGGUGGACGACAUGAACCAGCAGUUGAGCCAGACGCGUUCGCAGCGAGUGCGAGCCGCCAUGUUCCCGGAGACCCUGGAGGAGGGCAUCGAGAUACCAUCGACACAGUUCGACCCACAGCAGCCGACGGCUGUUCAGCGUCUGUCGGAGCCGUCGCAGAUGCUGAAGCAUGCCGUGGUCAACCUGAUCAACUACCAGGACGACGCUGAGCUGGCCACCCGAGCCAUACCUGAGCUGAUCAAACUGCUCAAUGACGAGGACCAGGUGGUGGUCUCGCAGGCCGCCAUGAUGGUCCACCAACUGUCCAAGAAGGAGGCCUCGCGCCAUGCCAUCAUGAACAGUCCCCAGAUGGUGGCCGCCCUGGUGCGCGCCAUAUCGAACAGCAACGACCUGGAGAGCACCAAGGCCGCCGUUGGAACCCUCCACAAUCUGUCGCACCAUCGCCAGGGUCUCCUGGCCAUCUUCAAGAGCGGCGGCAUCCCGGCCCUCGUCAAGCUGCUAUCGUCGCCCGUCGAGAGCGUGCUCUUCUAUGCGAUCACCACGCUGCAUAACCUGCUGCUCCACCAGGAUGGCUCCAAGAUGGCCGUGCGCCUGGCCGGCGGUCUUCAGAAAAUGGUCACCCUGCUUCAGAGGAACAAUGUUAAGUUCUUGGCCAUCGUCACCGACUGUCUGCAGAUCCUGGCCUACGGCAACCAGGAGAGCAAGCUCAUCAUUCUUGCUUCAGGCGGACCCAACGAACUGGUGCGCAUCAUGCGCUCCUAUGACUAUGAGAAGCUCCUUUGGACCACAUCGCGCGUUCUUAAGGUGCUCUCGGUGUGCUCAAGCAACAAGCCGGCAAUCGUGGACGCCGGCGGUAUGCAGGCGCUGGCCAUGCACCUGGGCAACAUGUCGCCCCGUCUCGUCCAGAACUGCCUGUGGACUCUGCGCAAUCUUUCGGAUGCGGCCACCAAGGUGGAGGGACUAGAGGCCCUCUUGCAGUCACUGGUCCAGGUUCUCGGUUCCACCGACGUCAACGUGGUCACCUGUGCUGCCGGCAUCCUCUCGAAUCUGACGUGCAACAAUCAGCGCAACAAGGCCACCGUCUGCCAGGUGGGCGGUGUCGACGCCCUUGUCCGCACUAUCAUCAAUGCCGGCGAUCGCGAGGAGAUCACCGAGCCGGCUGUAUGCGCCUUGCGCCACCUCACUUCGCGCCACGUCGACUCUGAGCUAGCGCAGAACGCGGUCCGUCUCAACUACGGGCUUUCGGUUAUUGUGAAGUUGCUCCAUCCCCCAUCACGGUGGCCGCUUAUCAAGGCCGUCAUCGGGCUGAUUCGUAACCUGGCCCUCUGUCCGGCCAACCAUGCCCCGUUGCGAGAGCACGGCGCCAUCCAUCACUUGGUGCGCCUGUUAAUGCGCGCCUUCCAGGAUACUGAGAGGCAACGCUCAUCGAUUGCCACCACGGGCUCCCAGCAGCCGUCUGCUUACGCCGACGGCGUUCGCAUGGAGGAAAUUGUCGAGGGCACAGUGGGGGCCCUGCACAUCCUGGCUCGGGAGUCGCACAACCGCGCCCUCAUACGCCAGCAGUCGGUGAUUCCGAUCUUUGUCCGCUUGCUCUUCAACGAAAUCGAGAACAUCCAGCGCGUGGCUGCCGGCGUGCUCUGCGAGCUGGCCGCCGACAAGGAAGGUGCCGAGAUCAUUGAACAGGAGGGAGCCACCGGCCCGCUCACCGAUCUGCUGCACUCCCGCAACGAGGGCGUGGCCACGUACGCCGCCGCAGUGCUCUUCCGCAUGAGCGAGGACAAGCCGCAGGACUACAAGAAGCGUCUCUCUAUCGAGCUGACCAACUCUCUGCUGCGCGAGGACAACAACAUUUGGGCCAAUGCUGAUUUAGGCAUGGGUCCGGAUCUGCAGGAUAUGCUUGGACCCGAAGAAGCAUAUGAGGGCCUUUACGGACAAGGUCCGCCCAGUGUGCACAGUUCGCACGGAGGUCGCGCAUUCCAUCAGCAAGGAUAUGAUACUCUACCAAUAGAUUCGAUGCAGGGUCUGGAGAUCAGCAGCCCGGUGGGCGGUGGCGGCGCUACUGGCAAUAGCGGAGGUGUUAACAGUGCUAGCGCCGGCGGCGGUGCUGUCGUCCCACCCAGCGGGGCACCAACAUCGCCCUAUUCCAUGGACAUGGACGUCGGCGAGAUCGAUGCCGGUGCAUUGAACUUUGACUUGGAUGCCAUGCCGACGCCACCCAACGACAACAAUAACUUGGCUGCCUGGUACGAUACCGACUGUUAGACGACAAGCUAAAAUUCGAUCCUCUCGAAUUCCACACACAUAAAUCGACAUUUACUGCCCUCUUCCCCUGGUCCGUAAGCACGGGCACGCCAGUGCCCACAACGAUGAUAAGACAA